CGUUGAUCUCUACUGAUUGGUUAGGGAAAAAAUCAAAUUCCCUCCCCCUUGUAAAUCGCCUUCAAUGGAAGCCAUGUCAGACUGAAGGUUCUGGGAGCUUCAGUCUGACACUCAGGCUAUGGAGAUGGAGGAGGUGAUACCAUCAUGUUGGGUUAAGAAUGGUGAUGUAUUGUGGCCUACACAUGGAACUGCAAGAGCGUUGAAGGCCUGCAAAGAACCAGAACAGUCAUGGACAAAAUUCCCAUUAAUAAAAAUUAAGAUUCAGUCAGGUAUGUGUUUUGUAAGGCAAAGACUUAUGUCAUAACGUAAGGCGAAUUUCAAACUGUCAACACAUACAUAUGGACAUUUCUUAAUUUUUCUGUUUUACAUGAACUUUUAAGUAUAUCUGUCUCUUAUAUAUGUUUGGUAAUUUCUGGACAGCUAUAAUGUCAGUUUUGUUUGUGUGUGUAUUUUGGGGAGACUGUUUUAUUGUUUGGUUUUAUCUCGAACAAUAACAACAACAAAUAACCAUAAAAUUAAAAAUAACUAAAUGUCAGAAGAAGCACAACACAAAUAAACAGCCUCAUCCAGAAAAAAACAACAACAAAAUAAUAUGCUUGAGAGGGAACAGGAGGAAGCAAAAAGCUUAUUUAGUCCUGCCCCUUCCUCACAAAAUCAUAUCAUAUGCAAUAAAAAACAAUGUUGUCAUUCAAGAGCCUCAAGUUAUUGUUGACUGUUGGCAUGUAAGAUCAUAUCCGCUUAUAUAAAAAAUGAAACAAGUAAUUUAUAAUAGCCAAACCUGCAUUUUUACCCAGUUACUGUUAUAUAUUAAGACUUACUCAUUUGUAUGCAUUUUACCAUUGUUGUAUGUACUUUCAGAUGACAAGAAUGAAUGCGAGAAGUAUGAUUUUACAACAACUGCAGAAUUGAGUGGCUCAGAAGAGGAGUUACCAACGAAGAGGAGGCCAAAAAAAAAAAUAUUAUCCUGACUACCAAAGGAUGAACAAACUGUCAAUAAAGACAGUCAAAAAGAAUCUGCUCCAGGUCUUAUGAUAAAGAGUACAGGUGAAGAGGCUACCAAGAAGUCUCGAAAAUUUAUUCCUUGUGAAGAAAGAACCCCGAUGGACAUCCCCUCAAGCCCUCAAUCUCGAUCCUUGGCACACAGUGGUAGCAGGAGUCCCUCUGAGUCUCUUUCUAAUGGUCAAAGCAGAUCAUUCAGCCCUAGCCAAGAGAGUCUGUCCGAAUCCCUUUCUCAGAGACAGCGUGGCGGUUCCUCAGGGUCUUCCACUCAUGGACGGAGAUCAUUCAGCCCUGGCCAAGAGAGUCUGUCCGAAUCCCUUUCUCAGAGACAGCGUGGGGGUUCCUCAGGGUCUUCCACUCAUGGACGGAGUUAUAGCCGAAGGAGUCGGUUCAAGCCACUUUUGCAGAAACGUGGGUGGACUUCCUCAGAGUCCUUCUCAUGGCUGCAGAAUGCUUCUGAACCCACAAGGAGCAGUAAGAGUAUGCAACCCAUUUUCUCCAUCAGUGACACUCCAAGAACGACUAUCGACCGGAGCCUCAGGAAGCCUCCUGAGAAGUCUAUGAGAGCUGAAAGGGAUCCCCCAAAUGCAGCCGAGGCAAUGUCCACGCAUGCACACUCAAACAAAUUGAGGAAUGAAGACUUCCCGAUGUCUGAAAAAAAAUUCCAGAAGAGAGUUCUUCAGCUCCUUCUCGAAAUCAAGGAUACAAUUCACAUUGCCACCUCAUCUGCUGGAACAAGUUAUGAAGUGAAGCCGGCAAACACUGAAGAAGAGCUCGAAGCUUUAGAGAAUUGCCUGGAGGACAAGAAUGAGGGUGCAGAACUAACUAUGACAAAUAAAAUGAUGGCCAAAAUGAGCCUCAGAGGAAGAAGUGGGAAGGUUGCCUUCAUGAAGACUCAUCUGUACAAGACAAUCUGUGAUGCUGUCUUCAGCUCAUUUAAUACAACAAUGACCAAAGUAGAAGAAUAUAUGUCCAAAUAUUUGAAAUAUGCACCAGAGAGGAUGGGUGGUGGUGGCAGAAAGAAGUAGCACAAGAAGGGAAGAUUUAACCAAAGCCCUGCUGUGUUCAGUAUUGCUCAAUGUUCGGGCUAU